AUGAAUUCCAAGACUCUGGAAAUAUUAAAUUUGAUGGAUGAGAAGUCUUUCAAAAAGUGCGAGAAAUUAAUUAAUGUGGGACUUAAGAGUAAAAAAAAUGAAAGAAUUUAUUUAUUAUUAAAAUGUUUACUACAUUCAUAUUUAAAUGAAAUAAAGGAAUGUAAAAGCAUUCUAAAGAAUAUAGAUUCUGAUGAAUUGGAUGAGAACAUGUUUUAUAUAUUAGUAAAUAUAUAUAGUAAUAUAAAUGAAGAAGUAAAAUUAAUAGAUAUAUAUGAAGAUAUUUUAAAAAAAGUGGACGUUAAUAAAAAUAAUAAUAAUAAUAAUAAUAAUUUAAAAUGUGUAAAUAAACAGAAAUUGGAUUCAGAAAGGAUAUUAAAAAAUUUAUUUGAUUAUUGUUUAAAUAAUUCUUUUUAUAAAAGAGGUAAUCAAAUAUGUUUAAAAUUAUAUAAGAGUACAAAUGAUAGUAAAUAUUUAUUAUAUAAUAGUUUAUUAUUAUAUAUGAAUAAUGCAGAUAAUAAUAUGAAUGUUUAUAAUUUAUGUUUAAAUUUCUUAAAAAAUUAUCAAUGUUUAAAUACUGAUAAAGUUAUUGAAAAAUUUUCCUUUUUUCUAAUAUUAUAUUUUUUAAAUAUAAAAAGAAGAAAGUUUCAAGAAUGUUUAGAUAUAAGUGAAUAUGCUUAUAAAAAUGAUUACUUAUUACAUCCUUUACAAUAUAAUAUAUAUAAAUUAUAUACAUAUCUAAUAUUUAAUAAACUGGAUAAAUGUAUAGAUAUUCUAACAUAUCUAAUUAAACAAAUACCUGAAAAUACAGAUUAUUAUAUUUUAUACAUGGAUAUCCUUAUUCAUUUAUUAAAUAAACAGGAUGAAAAGAUAAUACAUCAUCUAGCUUAUCAAAAAAAUAAAAAUAAUAUAUUCCAUAAUUAUAAAAAGAAUUAUUUAAUGUACAUAGAAUUUUGUAAAAAAUGUUUUAUUAAUACAUAUAUCAAAAAUAAAACAAGUAAAAAAUUUAUUCCUAGGGAUUUAUCAGACUUUUGGAAAAGUAUAAUCCAAACACAAAAUGAUACAAUGUAUUACAACAACAAUAAUAUGGAUGGUAAUAAUAAUAUGGAUGAUAAUAAUUAUGACCAUAUUAAUAAUCAUGAUCAUAAUUAUCAUUAUUUUAUGGAUGAUAUUAUUCAAGAAAUCAUAAACGAUAUACUUUCCAUAUAUAAAAAUGUACAUAAUAACAUAUUAAAUAAUCAAUAUAAAGAAAUAUAUAAUCCAAAUAUACAACAUAAUAAUGUAUGGGAAUUUCUUGAUAUAAUUAAUAUCUUAGAUAGUAACAUAAAGAAUUACAAAGAAGAUAUUUCAUUAAUAUAUAAAAACAUAAAUACGAUUAAACCAUUUUUAUAUUUCCUAUUUAUAUUAAUUUUAAAAGAAUGUGAAAAUUACCAAUUAUUAUAUUAUAUCAAAAAUUAUAUUAGUUUUUUAAAUGAUGAUAUGGUAUCCAUAUUAAUAAUUUUUAUAACAUGCAUAAGAAAUAUUGUCUAUUUAUUAAUUGAAGAUGCAUUAGAAAAUAUAAAAUCUGCAAAGGAUAAUAAUAAUAAUACACUAACACAAUCUCCAAAAGAAACAGAAGAAAUUAAAUAUAAAAAAAGAAAAAUAUUAAACUAUUAUAAACAAAUAUAUAAUUUCGAAAAGUUAUUAUAUAUAUUAUACAAAAAGGAUGUACAUAAGUCAUUCAAUAAAUUAUUAUCCUUAUAUUAUGAAGUAACGAAUGUUAUAAUUAUAACAGAUGAUAAUAUGGUCACCUUAUUAGUAGAAAUGGCUUUAUAUUUAGAUAAAUACAAUAUAUGUAAAAUAAAAAACGAACUAAAUAUUAAUAAAAAUAUUAAUUGCAUGUUGUCAAAAUUUUGUAAUAUAAAUGGUAUAAAGAUGGAAAUAAAUGAAUAUAAAAGUGUGCAAGAUUUUUUAAAUUUAAUUGAUUAUUCAAAUAAAGGAAUAUAUAGCAAUAAUGUGAAUAAUAUAAAUAAUGUGAAUAAUAUAAAUAAUGUGAAUAAUGUGAAUAAUAUAAAUAAUGUGAAUAAUAUAAAUAAUAUUAAUAAUAUAAACAACCAUGUUGAUCAUAAUUAUAUAAUGUCAAAUAAUUUUUCUUAUAAUAUUUCAUUAGAACAAAAUGAUGUAGAAAAGAAAAAAAAAAUAAAUAUAUCACAUGAUAUAAAAUUAGUACAUAGAGGUUAUUAUUUGAUUGUAUUAAGUUUAUUAAAAUAUGCUCAUCAAUAUAAUAUGAAUGUAACAAAAAGUAAUAAUGAACAAAAAAAAAAAAAACCAGUAUUAAAUAAUGAAUAUAUAAAUGUAUUAGUAUUAAAAAUAUAUCUAAAUAAUAUUAUAGGUAACUUUUCUAAUCUUUCAAUGAUUACAGAAAAAUUAAAUAUUAAAAAUAUACAACUAAUAACAUUUUCACCAAUAUUAUUUAUGCACACAUAUUAUUAUUCUUAUUAUGAUACAUAUAUAGAUAGAAUAUUAAAAAGCAUAUUAAAUUAUUAUACUGUUCAACAAAGUACUCUGAAAAAUACUAUACCUAAAUGUUUUCAAAAUAAUUCUUCAUUUAAAAUUAAUGAAAUUAUUAAUUCAUAUUUUUUAAAUUCUUCUAACAUAUUGAUGUAUUAUAUAAAAUUAAUAUAUCUUUUUAAAAAACAAAUCGAGGCACAAAAAGGACUCUUCUAUUUUCAUCUUUUUAGUAGUUUGAAAAAUUUCUAUUUAAGUGACCAGGAGUAUGUUACUAAGUUUCCCAUAUCAAAGGAGUAUAACAACAACAAUAAUAAUAUUAAUAGUAAUAGUAAUAAUAGUAAUCAUAAUAUUAUGAAUAAUAAUAAAGGAUUUAAGGGACAUGCACAAAUAAAACUAAUAAAAGAUAAAAAUAACCAAAAUAAUAAAGAUAGUUUACAUAAUAAUGAUAGUAUCUGUUGUGAAGAUACACAAGAUAGUGAUAUAAAUGAACUAUCAAACCAAGAAGAAAUGAAAAACACAAAACACAAAAUAAUUAUAAAAAAAGAAAAUAUAAUACAAAAAAUAAUGUUUGAUGAAAAUAAAAAUUACCCAUUAUAUUUAUUAAUUAAAUUAGACAAUGAUAAUAUCAAUGAAACAUAUCCUUUUAAAGAACUGUAUUCGAAAUUGUUAUUAAAUAAAUAUCAUUUUUUAAUUAUAGAUAAUCAAGUAAUAUUAAUGAAAUAUAAUAUUCCAUCAUUUCAUUUUUCUUUCUAUAAAGCAUUCGACACAUUCUUUUUUAAUAAUAUAUUAUACGAAUCAUUAGAUGAUAUCGACCAUUUUCAAUAUUUGAAAAAGAUUAAAGUAUUAACACCUUCAGAAGCAUGUGGAGUACAUAUGAUAAGAGAUAUAAAAACCAUAUAUCCGAUGAUAUUUUUAUCCAACUUUUAUAAUAAUAAAGGAAGUGUUCAAAUAGCUAGUCACGAACAUAUAUCUAAUAUAACAAAAGUGAGUGAUCUAUUUGUUAUUCCAUCAAUUACUAAUGAUAAAUAUUUGGAUUGUGAACAUGAACAAAUGAAAAAUAUUCACAAUGAUUAUACAAAUGGUUAUACUAAUGAUUAUAAUAAUGAUUAUAAAAAUAAUAACACUUUAAAUUAUAAACAUAAAAUUUGUGACUGUAAUAGUGAUGAUAUUAUGUCAUAUGAAAAUUUAAAAAAAUACGCAGAUUAUUCAUUAAAAUCACAUGAGGUCAACUUUUAUACGAACCCUAAUACAUACGUAUCGUUAGAUAAAGAUAAUUACAUUUAUAAAAAUAAAUUUAUUUUUAGACAAAAUAAAUAUAAUGAUCAAUUUAAUCACUUUUCAAAAUAUUCUCCUUUUGAUAAUUGUUUAAUUGAUCUUUUUAAUUAUCCAAUACAAAUGAUAUAUAUAAAUUCUAUCAUACUUAAUACCGUUACAUAUAUAUUUCACAAGGCAUAUUAUUUUAAUACAUUCCAAGAGGAUAAAAUAAGAAAAAAAACACUUAAGAAAGUUAAGUGUGCAUAUGCCUAUUUGUUAUAUAUUAUUUAUUAUUAUGAAUUAACUAAAUAUGAAAAAGAAUCUAGUGAUAAUAAUACAGAAAUGUUACCUAUGAAUGAUAAACAAAAUAUUACAAAUGUCAAUAAUUAUAUGGACAUGAAUUGUAACCAUUUUGUAAGUAAUAAUCACCAAACAAAUGAAAACAACAACAACAACAAUAAUAAUAAUAUUAAUAAUAAUAAUAAUAAUAACAUUUGUAACAAUCAUGUUAAUCAUAUGAAUAAUAUUAAUCAUAAUAAUUGCAAUAAUUAUGAUAACGAUGUAUACGAAUAUUCAGAUCUUAUAUUAGAUCAAAAAAAGAAAUAUACAGUCAUCAAAAAUAAAAGUAACUAUCAAUUUGAUUUUAACCAAUCUUUUCUCUUUAGUGAAAAAUUAGGAUAUUACCCAUACAUACAUAAUCAUGAUAAUUUACAAGCUGCUUUUCAUAAUGAUAUAUAUACAUAUAUUUCGUGUAUGUAUUAUAAAUGCUUAUUAGCCAUUAUACAUAUGUACUUAGAAAUAUUAGAAAACAAAGAUAUAUAUGAAUCCGUUAACACUCUACAAUCCUUAUACAAUGAUAUAUAUAUGUAUUUAUACAAUAACAUACAUUAUUAUCAAAAUAUAUUAAUUAAUGAUAAUUCCUAUCAGAUUAUUAAUGUAUCUUGUUUAUUUAAACAUUAUAAUUAUCUUGUUCAUAAUAUAACCAUCUUCUCAUUAAUAAUACAAUCAAUAUAUAUGGAUAAAAAAAAAAUUACUUCACACAAUAAUAAUGAUCAUAUCAAAAAUUUACUCCAUACACAAAUUAAUUUAUUAACAACCCUAAAUCAAAAAUUAAACUCCUUGUUAAAUAUUCUAGAUAACUAUACCUCGCAAGCAACUGCAUCCCCUUCAUUUUUAGAGAACUCAGAGCACGAAGUGGUCAAAGAAAUCACAUUGUUUUAUAAAAAACAUGUUACGAAUUUGUGUAAUAUAAUUAAUAAUAAAAUAAUCAUUAUCAAAGGUUAUGCUUGA